AUGGCCAGUGUCGGUGCACGCUAUGCAACAACUGCCCAGAUUGACGACUACAUCUCUCGUCUCCUUGAGGCCGGAUACACUUCAAAAGUGCCAAAGCAACUCUGUCUCAAGAACGCCGAAGUCAAUGCCAUCUGUCGCACCUCUAUGGAAAUCUUCCUUAGUCAGCCGUCGUUAUUGGAGUUGUCACCUCCAGUAAAGGUUGUUGGAGACACUCAUGGUCAAUACACUGAUUUGAUCCGACUAUUUGAAAUGGGUGGAUUCCCUCCAAGCUCAAACUACCUCUUUCUCGGUGAUUAUGUCGAUCGUGGCAAACAAAGUCUGGAAACCAUGCUUCUAUUGCUGUGCUACAAGAUUAAAUAUCCCGAAAACUUCUUUUUGCUGCGCGGCAAUCACGAAUGUGCCAAUGUUACAAAAGUGUAUGGAUUUUAUGAUGAAUGCAAGCGACGAUUGAGCCCAAAGAUGUGGCGUACAUUUAUCGACGUCUUCAAUACCCUGCCCAUUGCUGGCCUGGUAGCUGGAAAGAUCUUCUGUGUUCACGGCGGCCUGUCUCCAUCGCUACACAACAUGGAUGAGAUCCGCAGUAUCCAACGCCCGACAGAUGUACCAGAUUAUGGACUGCUCAAUGAUCUGCUCUGGGCCGAUCCUUCAGAAGUCACGGUCGACUGGGAAGACAACGAGCGCGGUGUGUCCUAUUGCUUUGGUAAGAAGGUGAUCAACGAGUUCCUGGCCAAGUUCGAUCUCGACCUUGUGUGUCGUGCGCACAUGGUGGUCGAGGAUGGAUACGAGUUCUUCAACGACCGUACAUUGGUCACCGUCUUCUCCGCCCCAAACUAUUGCGGCGAGUUUGACAACUUUGGUGCAAUCAUGAGCGUCAGUGAAGAACUCUUGUGUAGCUUUGAGCUCCUCACACCUGCAGACCACCCACUUGCAAAAGAGCGCCUGAAGAAUAAGAACAAAAGGUAA